AUUAGAUAAGGAACUUUAAAAAGAGCUUUUUGCUGCAUCCUUCUUGCCCAAGGGUUUUUGUGUGUGGGUGGAGAGGCUAAAAGAAUCUCAUGCAUUGGAAAUCAGAAGACACUAGGAGCUCUGUGCAUUAAAGCUGCUGUACCUGCACCUCCGCUGCACCUGCUCUGGCCAUGUUCUCCAUUUCCAGUUUCUUGGCUGCAGAUGAACUGCAAUCUCGAUGCCGUCGCUGGAGCUGGGCUCCCGGAGGCCACUGGCAACAGGAGGCAGCCCAAGCUCAGAAACCUCGAGAUAUUGAUUCCAUCCUGGGGCAGGGCAAGCUUGACUUCUAUGCCCUCUGGUCUCUGCGGGAGCCACCCCGGCACCUUAGCAGUAAACAUGGCCGCAAAUGUUAUCAGACUCUCCUGCCGCUUCCACUGCCAAAACAGUUGGUGAUCUUUGGUUUGGGCGAUUGGAGCCGCUAUUCUCAGAAGACUGUCGUCACUGUGGAGGUGGUGGUGAAUCCAGACACUGAGCCCCAAAGGAUUGGCAAGUUGGGGUCUGAAGCAAGGUGUUUGGUGUGGGAAGGUGAGUGGAGAGUGGAUGUUCUGAUGGCUUCGUUGAAGCAGGCAGAGAAUGGUAACCCUGUUAAGCUUCUCUUGACUGUCAAGGAACAGCUGCUAAACAGCACCCCCACCCACCCGUUUCAGGCACCUGAACCCAGUCAGUCACCUGUCCUUCCAGAAGAUGCCUUUCCUAUUGUCCAGGGAUUGGGUGAAACCACUGAGUUUCCUGCUGGACAGGCAAAGAGUCAGAGUUCAGUGAUGCCUGUGAAAGAAUGUGGGCCUGAGAGGAACUUCUCUCCACCACUGGAAAAGCUGCCGAUGCUUCCUGUUCCAUCAGCAAGUGCCACACCAGAGGAAUACGAGGAGGCCAGGAAGAAGACUUGUCUGCCUAACCCAGUUCAGCCGAAGAAAUCCAGGAGAGUUCUCUUUGAACCUUUGGCAACUGAUGGACAGCAGGAAGCUGAAGACAUGGAGGUGAAAGAGCUUCAAACAUGUCCAAGCCCUCGAUGGUGCCAUGCCAUGUGCUUGUGUGACCCUGAAACAGCUGUUUUGAUCGGUGGCGAAGGAACUAAUCAACAGUUUUGCAAGGAUACUUUCUGGAAACUGGAGAUUGAGGAUGACUUCUGGUUCCCUCUGGAUUUCUCUACACAAGAUUCUAUGCCACAGUGUUCACGGGGCCACAGUGCCACCUAUGAUCCAGACACCAAGAGUAUCUACAUCUUUGGGGGGAUGAGGGAGGGGAAGCGCUACAGCAGCAUCCAUAUCCUGGACACGGCAUCUUGGAAGUGGCGUCAUGUUUCUGCGAAGGGGAAAGUGCCGACACUGGCCUACCACAGUGCAACUAUUUUUCGCAAGGAGCUGUUUAUCUUUGGAGGAGCUUUCCCUAAAAUGUCAUCCCUGGAGACUGGGGCCUGCAGUAACGCACUCUUCAUUUUUAACCCAGAGUAUGAGAUCUGGUACCAACCCAUUGUUGAAGGAGAGAAACCUCUUCCAAGGCUUGGCCAUUCAGCCACACUGUUGAGGAACAAGCUGAUCGUAUUUGGGGGCCAGAGAACUUCGGUAUACCUGAAUGACACACACAUCCUGGAUCUGGGUUUUAUGGAGUACACAUCAGUUCCUUUUCUCUCUGGACAUCCUUCUGCUCGCAGUUUCCAUGCUGCCAUGGCAGUGUCUGAUCAGAAAGUGCUGAUAAGUGGAGGCUGCAAUGCCAAAGGAGCCUUUUGGGAUGCAUUCACUUUCCACUUAGAUUCCUUGACGUGGAAUGUAGUCUUGCAUGGUGACCUUUGUUCAGUGCCUCGGGCAGGUCACACGCUGCUCAAUUUGACUUACGCCCACCUGACGGAUGUAGAUAAGGAGAUUCCAGGCAAGCGCAACCUGUGCACAGCACUGAUCUUUGGGGGCUCAGACCGUACUGGCAAGUUCUACAAUACUACAAACAAAAUUCAGCUGGAUCUCAAGGAGGUGACAGUGAUGGCCUCCCAGAAUCUAGCCUGAUAGAAUUGGUAGCUCUAUGUCAGAACAAUGGGGGCAAAAGCAGAAGACUGUAUAUAAAAAGAAUAAGAAUGAAGAAGCAAGGAGUGCAAGCCUGGCUCCAAGAAUAGCUGUUAGACAGCAUUACCUCUUUCUGAAGGUUUUGGACUCCUUGCUAGCUUCAUUCUUUGCUGGCGACAUAGAGCAGGUUGCCUGGACAUUGGACACAGAUUACCUUUGUUGGCUGUUCUGACUAAUAUAGGUUUUUCUUAGUAUCCUCUCACUUCCAUGUAGUCAUCUCAGUAGAUUGGUAUCCCCUGCUUUUCUACCAAAGACCUCCCUUAAUCAUGGGCCUAGGAAGUCACAGCGAUGGUCUUAUAGAAGAAAGCACAGCAUCCAGUUUUGAAUGCAGCGAUGAUGUCCUGGCUGAAUCCUGAGAAUCUGUGUUCACUUUUGAAGCUUUUAAUGUUUCCUGAGGAAGGGAGGGGAGCCUUCUAUACGAUGCUUAGGGACUCAAGAGAGCCCCUAUAUGGCUUCAGAUACUUGGGUCACAUUUUAGUACAAGUCUGGGUACUCCUUUCUUCCUAUUUGUGUGUCUCUCCUGUUUGAGCCAAUCACCCACAAUUUAUGCAGGGAGAAAGCUUAUGCUCUUGUGUUCAAUGCUUCACUACAUAGUAUAGAAGAAGUUAGAACUCCUGUGCAUGCUACAGGGGACCCUGCUUUGAGACUGUCUGGAUAAGAUCCUUCACUGGUCCCUUCUAGGUGUUCAGUUUGUUCAUUCUAUGGAUCUUUUGCUGCUGCUGUGAAUAAAAACAACUAAUCUUAAA